CGAGUCGGCAGGAAUGGAACGGCACAGCAACCUUGUCGAAGAUUUCUCUGUCAACGUCUUUUCGGUCACUCAUCAGCCAAGGAGCUCUGGAAUCCUGGUGUCUGAUGAUGACAAAGCUGGUGCCACAUUACUCUUCUCUGGUGUCUUUUUGGGGCUAGUGGGGAUUACAUUCACGGUGAUGGGAUGGGCAAAAUACGAAGGUGUUACUCAGUUUGAAUGGACUCAGUUGCUAGGGCCUAUUCUGCUUUCAGUAGGAGUGACUUUUUUGUUGAUUGCUGUGUGCAAAUUUAAAAUGCUCACCUGCAAAUCUUGCAGCCAAAGUGAAGAAAGAGCAUCAGAAAUAGGCCAGAUACCUAGGGGACAAUCCUUUGUUUUCACUGGAAUUAGCCAUCCUAUAACUUUCCACGGAGCUACAGUGGUGCAGUAUUUUCCUUCUGAUCCAGCUCAUGAAGGUGUCGACAUAAAUUCUGCUUAUUUCCAUCAAGUACUCAGUCAUACUGGACUUCCUCCACUCUCUGGACCAACAAUUGCUGCCCCCAGCCCUCCUCAUUAUGACAAUGGAUACCCACUGGCUAACCCUGCCUUUUCUGUAGAUGAGAACCCCUCUUCUUAUCUUGCAGCAGCCACCAGAAGUGAAAGAUCAACGAAUAGCCAUGAAAAACCAGUUGAGAUGCUGGAUGAAGAUGCUUUCUGUGACUUCUCACCCCCACCUUAUGAGAAACUAUUCCCACUCUCAUCAUAGACAUGAAAAGGCCUAUUUGACACCUCCAUAAGGACUAAGCUUGCUUCUAUAAGAUACCUGCAGGUUCUUAACAGGCAUGAGCCAGCUAUUCUGAGAAUUGUGUCAUUGUACCUCGGAUGCUGAUAGUACUUCCUUGCCAAG